AUGUCCUACAGCCAGAGCCUCAGCGCUAUGCGCUUCGCCAUGGGAGAAGCCAUAUGGCUUUUACGCUACAUAGCCUCAAGGCCCAUAGCCAGAGGAGGACAGCCGCCUACAUUGGAGCCUCCGUUUGAUGUCCCCAGAUCCACGCCACCUAGCAAAUUCCUGCUGGAAGCCUUUGGGGAGGGCCUCUCGCGCUUCAUCUACUCCAGAGAGGCAGAGCUAGAGAGGACGAUCCGAUCAGAGCCUGCGGAGGACAUCCAGCACACGACGUCGGCAUCGGGGGAAGCAGCCCCAGACAUGGCAGCUAUACCAGACGAUGAUCAUGAAGCCCUCUUGGUCGCGCGUUUCGCGGCGGGACAUGACUCUUCAUCUGAAUCAGACCAGCCCAAAGAUUCUGAGCCGAGCGCCGCGUGCGGCGCGAUGCGCUCUGCCGCAGCUUUUAGCCCCUCCGAGCCAGACCGCUUGCCGCAGCACUCCCCUCAAGUUAGCUUUCGCAUCCUUCAACCAGCCAUGGCCAACGCACCAGCCUCUGAGCUGGCAAAGUUUCUCAAGGACCACGCGGUCCACGAAGUACUAGCCCACGCCUUGGCCCUCAAAGGCCUCGAGACCGUGGACGACCUCGCCUACGCAUAUCCCGAACUGGAGGACAUGGGAGACAUGGGGGCGGUAGACCCCCUGCACGGAGUACAGGCAGCCAAGCUCCGUAGAGCUCUUCGCAUCGCGCAUGGACUAUCUCAACAAGCCGCACAGCCUUCGCCUACGCCGGAACCUCUGCCUUCAGUCCAAUCCGCCCUCAUCCCACAAGCCUCGCCCACUUCUUGGAUGGAAAAUCUGCCGCCUAAGCUUAGCUCCGAAGCCGUACAAGACCUCGUCAAUGACUUCAAGCUUAAUUACCCGAGGGAGCUCCUCGACGACGACACUAUGCCGAGCAUUCGCCUACUCAGCCUCGUUCAGCACAGCCUCAAGCCGGGCGAGAAGAUCCGCUGGAUCCCCUGGCAAUUUCGCUUCAGUGCCAAGCAAUAUCAAGAGAUUAUGGAAGCCAAAUCGUCCAAGCCUAUGAGAACGGAGGCGCACAUUCUCGCAUCAGCCUUGUACGAUGACACGCCGGAGAUGGCGGUAGCCCACCUCAGACUAUCAGCCUCUUGGCUCUCCCGCAUUCAGACGGUUUUUCGCAAUGCUUGGGCCCUAUGCGGUGCAGCCCACCUGAAUAAUUUGAAAGCCUUUGACAAAAAAGUCCUGGACCUUGCCUUACCUGACCUGUCCGACACAAGCCUUCGGGGGCCUACCACGCAGGAGCUCCUGGCAGCCGACAGAAAGAUUUGGGGUACCAUACCCAAUCUAGUCUCUACGGGCUGGAGCCUAGACGAGGCUUUCUACGAAGUCACAGCCAUACGGAGAUGCGGCAAGGAACACUGCGCCAUCCACCAC